AUGAAAUUCGAAAAACAUCUCCAAACCGAAAUUGCUCCAGAAUGGAGGGUAAAAUAUAUAGAUUAUAAAGCCUUGAAAAAGAGUCUCAAGACCGUAUAUAAUGCAAAAAUUGCGAGAGAAAAAGAAGAAAAAGAGUUGAUGCAAAGUAAAUUUAACACCGCAGGCAGUAGCGUGUUUGUAGAAGUUCCUCCGCAAUCAUAUCGAAAUUAUAAAUUUGGAAAUUAUAAUGAAAAUGAAAUUGACGUUAAGAAAUUUCCGAAAAAUAAAGAGAAAUUAUUUCCAGCGAAUCACGAGAGGGGAUUUUCUGCAAAUAAUGACAAAAGCAAAAGAAACUCUAUUCAAUCAAGAACUUUCACUAUGAAUAGUUUAUCCGAUAGUGUACAUGAUUUCUUUCAUAAAGUUUCUUCUGCUUUAGUUACGGCACAAAAAAGUAAUUCUCAUCAGCUUUCGACUCCAACUCAUAUAUCAUCUUUGGAAACGUUAAUGUUCGAGGUUGAACCUGAAGAAAGGUUGUUUUUUAAAGCCGUGGAUCAAGAAUUGGAAAAGGUUGAUCACUUUUAUGAAACAAAGGAAAAGGACAUGUUAAAACACUUUGACUUAUUGGUACAACAAUAUGAAAUAUUAAAAAGCAAGAAACAAAAAAACGUUCAUGCAGAUGCCUGGAAAACAUCGAAAAGUAUCGUCAAACAAAGCUUCGAUUAUUUCGGUCCAGAAAUAGUUUCAAGAAGAGGUUCAACAGUGGACGAGCAAUUCGAUUAUCGAACUGCGAAGAAAAGGAUAAAGAAUGCAGUAUUUGAGUAUUAUAGAGGCGUUGAAUUGUUGAAAAAUUUCGCACAUUUAAAUUACACUGGAUUUGCUAAAAUAUUAAAAAAAUAUGACAAGAUAACUGAACGAAAUGGAUCCAAAAUAUAUAUGCCAAAAGUGGAAAGUUUUCGUUUCGUUAAGUCUAACGUUACAAGCAAGGUUCUUAAAGAUGUCGAAGAUUUUUAUGUGAAACACUUUGAAGAUGGCUCAAAUGCUCAAGCAAUUAGAAAGUUGCGAAUACCAAAUAACAAACAUCUGACAUAUUAUUCGUCCGUAUUACGUGUCGGUCUAUGCUUAGGCUUGUCGAUACCUUUUUUGAUCUAUUCGCUGGUUAAAGCACGGAAUAAACAUUCUUUUGACAAAUCUGAUAGCGAUAUGGAAGAUGAUGAACUCGUGUCCAAGAUAGAUCUAGAACUUUACGCUGCAAUUGCUCUACCAUUAAUACUCCUACUCUUAAUAGGUGUUAAUAUGUAUACAUGGAUACGAUUUCGUAUAAAUUAUAAAUUUAUCUUCGAAUUGAAUCCAAGAAAUAAUUUGGAUUACCGUCAAUACCUUGAGCUUCCAUCUAUAGCUUUUUUGAGCUUGAGUUUUAUCAUGCUCCUUGGUUACACUAUACAUUAUGAAUUCCGUCGAUGGCAAUGGAAUUUUUUCCGUGUCGAAUACGAACAUAUUAGUAAUUGUGAACAAUGUCGUGCCAUAAAGGAUGUUCCGUUACCAUUCCCAAUACAAACUAAAAAUGAUGAUAACGAUAUUAUAUUAGCACCGGAAAUCAUUGUCCCAGAAAAUAAUAAUGAUAAUGGGGUAUCAUUCGCAUCAAUAAAAAAUUUAUUUAGAAGACGCAUGCGUAAAAACUCUAAUAGUUCUAGAAGUUCUAGGCAUUCGAAUCCUGCUUAUAAUUGGAAGGAUUUUGAAGCAAACCGAAAUACAAUGGAUUAUAUUUAUGCUGAUGAAAUAUAUGAAGUUAGUGAUGAAGGAGAUAACGUCUAUUUUAGAGAGGAAGAUAGUUACGCGAGCAGAAGAUUACCUCCUAUAAGCGAUUAUCAAUAUAAAGGUAAACAAAAAUCAACCGAAAUAUAA